AUGUCAGCCUUUGACCCACCACUUGCCGCCGCCCGCCAAAACACAAUGUUGCCAGUCCAGGUUUCCAUGGCAACGGGACGACGCGAGCGCCAUGUUGGUUCUCCCGGCCACUCGUUGCAGCUCCGUCGUACUGCACCGACUGCACGUUGGCGCGGUGUGCAAGCUGCGGUAUGCGCUGCGUCUACCACAUCGCUCUGGACCUAGCUUCUUCUGUGACACCAUCCUCGCGCUAAGUGCUUCUACAAGAACCUUGGAGUGAGAAUGCCAGGGUGCUGCGUGCCGCAAUGCACAACCAUCUGGAGACGGGGUGUGAGAAUGUUCCGGUUCCCGACUUGUCCUAACCGACGGAAACGCUGGAUUGCGCAAGUUAAGCGAGACUGCUGGGAGCCGACUGCUUCCUCCCGUGUUUGUGAGGCCCACUUCGAGGACACAAGCUUCGAGCAAAGGAGGCAGGACGGUUUGAAGAAACUAAGGCCAGAUGCUAUCCCGACGCUGUUUUCUUUUCGCCCUCUUCCAAAGCACAGAUUGCCCCCAAAGAAUCGGGAUGCUGUAUCAAACGUACCGCCUCGGCAUCCAGAUCUCUCAAGUGACAGAGUCGCCGGCGUACAACCCAAGACAGCCAGUGCUCAGGUAUCAGAGGUGGCUCCAGUGCCGAAUGUGAUGUUUGCAGCAAGCAGUACUGUGGAGCCAAACUGUGCCUCCGCAGAUGUAGACACUGUUCAGCUAAGUCUACAUUCUGGUGACACCCCAAGCAACGCCGCUGACAGUUCUGGUAGUGCUAGUUCUGCUUGUGAAUCUUUGGAUGCUAACUCGGUUGAUAUUCCAGCUGACAUGGGCGAUGCUCGUGACUUACGUAUUCAUUGUGCAUCAUUGCCAAUUGCACUUGUGAGCGCACCAGCGUCUGUUCCUACGACAGGAAAAGAUACCAGAAAUUGUCAAAGGACAUCUCGGAAAUUUCUUGUGCCAUCUCUCAAAAGUGAGACAAUGCAUGACAUAGAAAAGGACUGCGUGUUAUUCAUGGAUGAGAUGGAAAUCAGCCAGGGUUUCGAUCACGACCGCUCUCUAGACUGCCUUUUCGGGGGUACCACGCUGCCACAGUCAAAUGUGCAAGUUGCCAACCAUGCCCUUGUGUUCAUGAUCGUUGUGCUGUGCCUGUCCGACGAACUGCUGAAGAAACGUGGCUACCGGUACCUGCUUACAGGUAGACUGAUACAGGACUGUCUUGAAAAUAUUUUCUCUGUUGUAAGACUCAGGAAGCCCAUCCCAAGUGCGUAUGAUUUAAAGUGUGCUCUAAAGAUGAUAUGUGUCAGCCAAUACCUGCACUCGCCAACGUCAUCUAGCUAUAACGAGGAUGACAGCUUGCACUUAGCUGACCUCCUGGACCCCAGUAUCAAGGCACAAGUUGCGCAAGAAAGUGGGGAGAACGAGGAAGCAGAAGAGCUUGAAAACGUUCUUCUGUAUGCAACCACUGCAGUAGAACGUGACAUUCUUGCAUAUGUAGGAGGUUUUCUACUGAAGUCCAUCUUGAAAUUCAUUGACGAGUGCAAGGACUGCAAAGCGGCACUGGUAGGAAAUUACGAUAAAUACAGCACUCUCGUUAAGCUUAAAGAAUACGCUCAGGGCGCUGGAAAGCUCAUUCAGCCUAGCCGAGCUGUCAUGGAAGUGCUCACUGAAUGCGAAGAACACUUCAAGGCCUUUGCCGACGAAGACGGAAUUUUGGCGCUAAAAACCCCAUUCGCGAGCAUUUUGAGUGCAUUGCGCAGAUCAGUAACUGUGCCACUGGAGAGCUGCGAAAUCCAUCGUGCACAGGUAGAAAAGUCGCUGCUAGGAAAGUAUGUUAGGACAAGGCUAAAGAUUCAUCUUCGGCAAAAACAGGCACAAAGGGUGAGUGGUCAGUCAAGUAAGACGUGUGCUGCAGUGAACCUUGAGUAG